AUGUUCAAAAUCUACCAACGGCUCAAAUGGGUAUACCAGAAGUUCAAGGUGAGCUUUGAGAUUAUUGAUUUAUUGUGGAAAUAGGAACUUUUAUUGAUUUUUGGAGCUUCAAGUGAUUUGAAGAAAUAGGGAUAGGUUCAAGUUUAUAGCGAAACUGAAAAAAAGAAAAAAAAAUGAGAAAAUUAUCCUUAUUUAAAAAAUUCAUUCAUUUUUAUUCUGAAGUGUUUCUUCUCAUAGAGUUCAUAAACAUAAUCGACUAACCUGUUCCUUAUAGGGACCACCUUCGCAGGCUUUGGUGGCCCCUAUAGGGGAAGGUGAAAUGGUCUCUAUAGGGGAGCCUUCAAUUUGACCCUAUAGGGACCCCUCUAGCGUUCCUAAGUAAGAUUUUCUGUUUCAAAACUCAUCAAAUUAUCCUUAGAGCUAACUUUAUCCUCUAAAAUUCGCUCUUCUUUUUUCCAGCUCAGCGCUUGGAUGCCAUUCGUGGCUUUGAUCGCCUACACCAUCCUUGGGGCGCACAUUUUCAUGACUUUCGAGCAAGGGCCCGAUAUCCAGGCCAGACAAGACUACCGUAACCGAACAUCUUAUGCGAUGGAACAAGUUUGAUGAAUUUCAAUUCAUCAAAAAUAUAAAAUAUUCCUUCAGGUUUUGGAACGAAUGCUCGAAGUCAAAUGCCAUGAUAAAAUGUCCAUGGCCAAUAAAAAUAUGCAGGUGACUGAGUUUUACCGUAAAUUGGAACGUUGUUAUUUAGGUUGACCACGCAAAAGAGGCCAUUUUGUGGUUUCUGGACCAUCUGAACUUGAACGUGGUCAUCGAAGAGAGAACUGACGACACGCCGUGGACUUGGCUCGGCUCUAUGUUUUAUGCGGGACAACUUUACACUACUAUUGGUAACUUCAUUCAGUUUUUUUCAAGGAACUAUUGAAUUUAGAAAAAAAUUUAUUUGAGCUGAAUUUUUUUAACUUUAGGCUUUUUCUUCUUCAAAAAAAUAUUUUCAAUAUUAUAACUAACUUGAAUUUUUUUCUUUGCGUCCUAUUCAAUGUCAACUGUGAAAUUUUCGCAAAAAUUUUUUUAAAAAAACUUAUUUACUGUCUUUUGAAAAUCAAAAUUUUUGGAGUAUGCAAUUGCGCGUCCCGGUGUCGCACUCAAAACAUCAUAAUUGAGGCAAAAGUCCGGCGAUUUUUCCUAUUUUUCCGAUCCUUUUUUCAUUUCACCUUUCAAUUAAUUUAUUGAGCAAAAAGCUUCAAAAAAUGAACAAAAACAAAAAACUCCGAUAAAUUCAAAUUCUCGCGCUCCUCGGCAUUUUUAUGGGGCACGUUUUCCUGUUGUUUAUUUUCGCGUCGUUAAUCUUACUCUUUUUGUUUUCUUUGUUUCCUUUAUUUUCUUGGAUUCUUUUUUCACUUUUUUCGCUUCACGUCUCAUAUAUAUUCUGAUUUUCUAGCAAAGUAUCGGGGAUAUGGAAGAAAAACGCUGAAAAAAAAAAAAAAUUGUAAAAAGUUCAUCUGAAGCUUCUAUGCUUAUUUCUUUCAAACUUGUUAUAUUUUUCAAAUUCGGAAAAAAAAAAUUUAAUGGGAAAUUUCAGGUUAUGGGUAUCCGACAACGAGGACGGUUGGCGGAAGGGUCGCCAGUAUAUUUUACAUUCUUUUCGGGAUACCAAUUUUUCUUAUUAUUCUCAAGGUGAGUCUUGAAUUUCAAAAGUUUUUCGGACUGAAAAUAGAGGUUUUGUAUCUUUUUUCUUCCUAAAACUUCCAUUUUCUUGUAUUUUUCGAUAUCAAGGCUUUUUAGUUGAGAAAUCCUGAACUUUCAGGACAUUGGUAGUUUACUGUCCCGGGCACUUCGCAAGCUCUACAAGAAGUUACGGGUCUCAAAGCGAAAAAUCGCCCAGACAGCUCCGAUGCGUCGGCUUUCCAUUCCUCCGAUUCCAAUCUUUGUUAGUUUCAGAUUUAACUGAUAUUUCAGUUUCUGUCUUUAUUUUUUAUCGAUGAAUCACUACUUUUUCCAUUCUGAUAAAUUUUAAAAACCUAAAAAAAGGUAUUUUUUGAUAAAUUUCUAAUUUUUAAGGAGUUCUCCCGUCAUGUGGUAAGUUUUUUAAAUUUUCGCUAUGAAAAAUUUCAAAUUAAGUCUGGAAUUAAUCUGAUUUUUUUAAGAGAUUUAUCCGACCGCUUGUAAGUUUUUCUUGUGAAUUGAGAGACGUCCUGUUUUUCGUGACUGUGAGGAAAAAGUGGUCUUUUCUGUGAAAAAGCUUAUAUUCGAAAAAAAAAAUGUGGUUGGUUUGAAUUGAUAAUUUGAUUCAGAACGUCAAAAGUUUGGACAAAAAUGAUUUGGAAGCGGGAAAAGACGUCGAAAAUGCGACCGAGUUUGAUCCGAUGAAACAGGUGAAUUUCUUGGUUUUUUUGGUGUUUAGUUAUCCUAGGAUGUUUGAAUAUAAUCUCGAAAAAAAUGGUUUCAAAAAGGACUAAGAAAAAUGAUUUUUUUGGUUUUAUUAUUUUUUUCUUUUUUUUAAAAAAAUCGUUUUGUCUCUUACCUGAAGCUGGAAUAGUUCCUGAGGAAAAUUGUUCUGCAAUUAGUUCAAUUUCAUUAUUUCAACUUAUUUUCAUUUGAUCAAUCCUUUUUUAUUAUAAAACUAAUUUUUUUAAUUAUUUCCAUUUAUGAACGCGGUGGAAAAAUUCAACUUUUGCUCACAUUUUUUUCGAUUAGUUUUUUUAAUGUUUUUCUCUGUAUUUUUUUCGUGUAUCUAGAGUAUAUUAUGAUUUGAAAAACCAUGUUAAUUAAAUUUCUGAAACAACGAAAAAUUUGCAAAACUGAAGUAGAACUUUUUAGAUAAAAACACUUUUUUUACAAGAAAUCGGUGUCUUUUUCAGUAAUUUUAGUGUCUCUGCAUUGAGAUUAUAAUCAUUUCAAUUUUUUUCCAUCAUUUUUCUUGUAGCACUGAUUAAGUUGUUUUUUUGGAUCUCGCUCAAAAAAAUCUUUUAUUUCUAAAAAAAGUUCUUACAAAAAGGAAUUUUACCGGAAGCUUUCCAAGUGAAAUAUUUCUGUUGAAUUUUUCAUAUUAAAAAUUCACAAAAAUACAGUACUUUUCCAGUAAGCUUCGAGAAUUGUUUGCGGUUUUUAAAUUACCUUCGAAAACUACUACUAUCAGUCAGUAUUACUUGAAUUAUUUUUGAAAUAUCCUUUUCCAAUUUUUAGAAUUAUCUUGCUUUUGUUAGCUCAUAGGAGUCUAUAGUUUUUCAUUUGAAAUUUUUCUCACAAAAUGAAUUUCUGUGGAAGUUUCUCAAGUUUAUGCCGUGAAAUGUAAAAUUGUCUCUGACUCUCCAAAAAUUUAAUUAUAUUUUUUUUCUUUCUCUUGUAUUUCGCGGAAUCACUCUGAACACGACAUUAAUGUUUCUAAUGAAUUUUAUUGACUUAGCUUUCAAAAAACUAGUUCUGCUCACAAGGGCUGUGUGCGCGGUGAACAUCGAGUUAUGAAUUGAGGCUUUCAUGGUAGAUAGACCUAGGGGAGAGUGCUCCGAAACGAAAGAGAAAAUCUGCUAAGCGCCAUAGGGUACCGAGAAAAGGCUCGUCAAAGUUUUGCCGCCACGUAUAUGCCCGCGCUCGGAAUGCUCAGCCAGCAACUGGGAGCGUGGUGAAGUGGCAGUGUUCUUGAAUGGCGCUGACGCUAUGCUAGGUUCGAUUCCUUUUGACGUGAAACUUUUUUUGCCUUUUUUUAUUCAAUUCUUCUCCACUCUAUUAUUAAACAAAAACAUCUAAAAAUGUUUGAACAGAAGGAGAUGAAUGAAAGUUGGAAAAAAAGGAAGGAGAAAGCACAAAAAAAACUUUUUUGUGUCAUAUUAAGUUUUUCCAUUGAAAAUAUCGGAAAAAAGUUCUGAUAAUUGGUUUAUGGCUUUCGAUAUCACAACACGAUGGGAUUGAAGCAAAAAAAUAUAAGUGUGAAACUCACUCAUAAUUAUGUGAAAAAAAGAAACCAAGUGUGAGUAUGAGCCCGAAGAGCACAGGGAGUCCUGUCAAUCAAAUUUCGCAUUCUCCAUGAAAUUUCAGAAGUUUCGGUGAGCAAUAAAACAAAACUUCUGGUAUUAGAAAAAGGGAAAAUAGAGCAGUCGGUGGAAUUUUUGCGAUGAAAGAUUUCCAAACAGUAAAAAGAAAAAAAAAACAUAUGAAAUGGUUGAAUGAGGCCAGAGGAGCCAAGUGUGAUAUUAUUCACAAGUAUAAAACUUUUUAGAGGAGGUUCCUGACAAUUUAUUAUAUUUUAAUGCGUUGUCAUCUCGAGUAGCCGCCCAAGCAUCAAUUAUUUGAACAAUUUUUUAAAAGUUAUCAAUGGAAAAACUGAAUAUGACCCAAAAAGUUUUUUUUUUGUGCUUUCUCCCUCCUUUUUUUUCCAAUUUUCAAUCAUCUCCUUCAAUUCAAACAUUUUUCGCUGUGUUUGCUUAAUAAUCGAGUGUAGAAGAAUUGAAAAAACAAGAGCAAAAAAAUUUUCACGUCAAAAUGAAUCGAACCCAGCAUAGCGUCAGCGCCAUUCAAGAGCACUGCCACUUCACCACGCUCCCAGUUGCUGGCUGAGCAUUCCGAGCGCGGGCAUAUACGUGGCGGCAAAACUUUGACGAGCUUUUUCUCGGUACCCUAUGGCGCUUAGCAGAUUUUCUCUUUCGUUUUGGAGCACUCUCCCCUAGGUCUAUCUACCAUGAAAGCCUCAAUUUCUAACUCGAUGUUCACCGCGCACACAGCCCUUGUCAGUGAAAUCAAUAUGGAUUUGUAUUUUUUUGAAUAUUUUUGGACUUUAUUGAUUCAAUUCUGAAGUCAUACCCCAGUUACUUUUUAGACUUUUCUCGUACUUUGUAGAAUGCGUUGAACAAGAAACUCCACGCGGACAACUCAUUCCCGAUCCCGUUGGCGUUGACCAUCCUCAUCCUGUGGAUUCUGUUCUCGGCGGCCUUGUUCAACAUGUGGGAGCCCGAAUGGGGAUUCCUCACCUCUGUCUACUUUUUUUUCGUGUCUAUCAGGUCGGUUUUGAGUAAAAAUCUGUUAAAAAUGUCCUUUUUCUAGGCUCAAAAAAUGUUUCUUUUUUAAUUCAAACUUCAACAAAAACUAUGAUUUGAAAACUGAAAUAUUUUUUAAAUGAACUUUAAAAUCAGGAAGCAAAAUUUUAUGACCGGGAGCUCCCUAUUUUUCAAAAGUUGUUCAAGUCCCGUACUUUAUAUUCUAAAGCAUCUGUUCGUUCAGUACCGUCGGCCUCGGCGACAUCAUCUUUUCCAAUCCGGAUCGCAUGAUCUACACGUUCAUGUUGAUCCUCCUUGGACUCGCCCUACUUUCCAUGUGCUUCAACUUGAUUCAGGUGACUCCAUAAGAUGAUUAUCGGUGGUAUGAAAAAAAAGACAAGCGAAAGUUCAAACGGCGAUUUUUCCGAUUUUUCGUAUCGCUAGGGAACUUUCCGACGAAUCUUUUUCCGACUUUUUUCCCUUAUGUUUUUCGGCUUAUAACACAUCUAUAAUCAUUUUUUUUUCUUAUUUCUUUGUGUUUUAAUCAUGAAGCAACUACCUAAUUCAUAUAGGAAGAUUUAAAACGAAUAUUAAAAAAAUUCGGAAAAAGAUUCGUCGGAAAGGUGGCCGUCGGAAAGUUCCCUAGCGAUGUGAAAAAAUCGGAAAAGUCGCCGUUUCAAUUUUCGCUGGUGUUUUUUUUCAUUCCACCUUCAUAAGAUGACUAUUGUAUUUCACUUUUUUCACUGUAUUUUUAUAUAGGUUUUUGAAGAGGUAUUGUCAAUUAGGAGGCGUUUCGGUCAAAUUUGCGAAGUCAUUUUUAAAAAAAUUUUUUUUCAACUUGAAAGACUCACUGAAAAAAAUUGCUUUUUUUCCAAAAAGUUUCAGUUUUUUUCUCAUUUGAUUACGAAUUUGAGCGAGUCUAGUGGAGACUUUAGGGAAAUUUUUUUCUUGAUAUUUUUUUAAAAAUUGUCCUUGUUUCUUAACUGUUAUUUCGUCACGGAAUUUAAGCACUUUUUAGUGGCAACUUUAGGGGCAUAUCUGGCUCGAAAUUCUAUUAAAACCAGAUUUUUUUAAGUAUCAAGAAAAGAAAUAUCUCUUACAUGUAUAAAAAAACUCUGUCAAAAAAAAAUAAUCGAAUACUUGAGCCAGAACCAAAAAGACAAUAAUUUUCAUGUCCUAAGAUCAAUCUUUUAUUGCGAAACUGAAACAGGAAAAAAAGAGAAAACAAGGAGGAAUUUUCAUGGAUUUCCGUGGUGAGUUUAAUCUCCCACGGGGUCAUAAAUUGUCCGAGUGUAGGAGGUCGUUUAUCAGCACACUCGAUUCCUUUGUCUCGACCUUCUUUUUUUUGAAUUUUGGGUCUCGAAACUAGAAAAAUGAAUCGAAAGAAUCAGGAAAUCAUGAAAACGUGGCUUUUGGCUCGAGGUCAUCAUGGAAAAAUGGUAGAAAAAAAAAGUUUUUUAUUUUUUUCAUGCUUUUCUUUGUUCAAAAAAAUUACAAUUUCUUGAGAAACUGUCAAAAAAAAGGUGUUUCCCCGUCAAAAAGCCGCGUCGCACACGUAACGCUCCAACACUCCGCCAAAUAAUAGUUUCCAUUUUUUUAUAGUCCCGAAAAAAACGGACUAUAAUAAUAGGAACUAUAUUUUGCACAGAGAAUGUUUGGAAAAGGUUCAAAAAAUGAUAACAUAAAGAGUAAAGUGAAAACUGUGAAAUUUGGAUGGUUUUACCGUUUCAAACCGCUCACAAGUGUUUUUUUGAGAUCAUUUUUUUAAACGUUAUGUGUAAACUUUUUUUCCAAACCUGACUUUAAAUGUCGAUAAACUUUUUCUGAACAUGAUAAUAAUGAAAUUAUAGGGUUUGGACACUUUUUUUAAAAAAAUUGAAAUUCUGCGGGCAGAAUGGCUCAAAAGCGUUUUUUUAAUUUUGAAAUUCAAAAAAACUUUUAGUUUUUUUCUGUGGACCAUCUUCCAAGAGAAAAAAACUUCGAAAGCAACCGAUUUAUCAACUAGAAAAACAAUAAAAAUAAAUUAUUUUGUCUUUAUAUCUUAUGUCCAUAAUCACUUUUUGAAAGAUGGUACGACAAAAUCUCAAUUUCGCAAAUCUUGAGAAACGUAAUCUUUGUGUACUCAGAUCUAAAUUCUCAUAAUCUUGGAAAGCGAGAAUCUCCCUUUUUAGUCUUAUUUAUUGCACUUCAUAUACUUAGAUUCUCUUGUUUGGAUCACCGAAUACCAUUUCUGAUAAAAUCUAUUCGCAGGAGCGUUGUUUUUUCUAUCCUGGAUUGUGGUUUCCAAGAUUAUGGGACUUUAGAUCUGCGUACACAAGAUUACGGUCCUCAAGAUUUGCGGUCUUGAGAUUUUGUCGUACCAUCUUUUGAAUGCAUCGUUUAGUUCUUAUUUUUUUGGUUAGUUUCAUUUCAAUUCAUCCUCUUAGGAAAAUCAAAAUUUUUGAAAUUUCAAUGUUUCUUAUGGGAAUUUCGAAACCGUAAAGUGAUAUUUGUCGUUUUUACAAAAGUUUUUUUUCUAAAAAUUUUAAUAUUGAUGGUUUCAUGUUUUUAAUAAGUUUUUCGUUGUCAGGCAGCCCUGGAACGAUUUUUGGACCGAUUACUGGACGAAUAUAUAGAAGAAAUCGAGAAAAUGGCGGAAAUCGUGACGCAGGACGACGGGCUCAACGAGCAGGCCAUGCCUUUGGAGUUCAAAAUGACCGGUGAGUUUUGGGUUAGAAAUUUCGGUACAAAGUCAAAAAACUGAUUUUCAAUAAGGUUCCGGUUUCAGAGUGUUGGCUUUUAGCCACAGUUUUCAUGUAUUCUCAGUUGUCCUACCUCAUCAAAUACUUUUAAAAAACGAGAUUAAUCAAAUCUUUCGAGCAGGAAAAGUUCGAUUUUCAUUCUGGAUUGUCUCAAUUGAAUUAGAAAAAAUUUUAAAAAAACGGCAAAGAUCAAAGUGGUCAUUUUUUAAAAGUUAUUAAGUUUUUCAGUUUCCAAUUGUUUGAGUGUCCAAAAUGCGUGAAAUUCUGGAUUAUGGUUAGAUUUGAGUUUCGAAAAACCAAUGGGCGACUCGAAAUAGAAGAUUUUGUGUUUCUUUCAAUAAAUUUUAUGUCAACAAUUUUUAAUUUGCCCCGAAAUCGAAAUGUGUUGAUUGCGAAAUAGUGUUUAGUAGCAUUUUUUUUUGGCGAAAAUAGAAAAAUUCAGAAAAAGUGAAUUUCCGAAAAACUGACUUCGAAAAUAAUCAUAUAAGGAACAAAUCGGCCCUUUAAAACGGUUAACACCUUUUUUAUGUAUCCCAAAAAAGCUUCAAAAUUUUGAAAACUUGAAAAAAUAGGCGUCAUAAAAAAGUGACCGAACCGACCGAUUUUUCCAGGGUGUUUUCGAUGUAUAUCAAGCUAAUAGGGCUUAACACGACGUUUGGAAACUGAGAAAAAAGCUCGAAGCUUCAUAGUUUUAUGUGAUUUUUGUGUUUUUUUCAAUGAGAAUAACCAAAGAAAAAUGAAUAGUUAUUACUCAAGGAUCGGUAUCUUUCAUUUAUUUUCGAAAGGUUCAGCUAACUCAUUUUCAAAGCGCCUUAAAAAUUAUCCUCCUUGUGUCCUUUUCAAAGUAAUUUCCGCGAAAUUCAAAAUUGUCCCUGACAUUUCAAAGUUUAGUUAUCUUUUUCACUUUCUGACGAUUUAUUCGCAGAAAAUCUUCGAACACAACAUAAUAUAUCAAUAAGAAAGCAACCGCAACUGUUACAAUUUGCCGAGAAAGUUUCAAAACCUCGAAAAAAAAGGUCUGUAAAAUGUUGAGAAGCAAUUGGCCACGUGUCAGCGGCUGAUCAAUGACGGCCGCUUUGUCAUUGAUAAAUGUUCGGAGUUUUUUCCUUCUUUUCAUGAACUUGCAACUGUCGCAUCCCAGCAGUUCACCCAGACCAUCUGUCAUCGUUAAGCGGAACCUUUUCAAUGAGUUUUGCACCAUUGAGGCCCGAAUUUUCUGUUUCUAUGAAAUGGAUCGCAUAUUUACGGGGAAGCUCGUUUUGAACCCUUUUUGCUGCUGGAGUUUCAUCUAACUAGGAAACGUUUUUUUUUUUAAAUAUCUCCUAUAUUUAUCAAGUUUCUGAAUAAAGUUCUUACAUUCAACAGCUUUUCACAGAUGGAAACUGAUUUUAAGGAGCUUGGCUGUGGCCAGUCAUGCUCAUCCCUGAAACUAUGUUAAUUUCUCAUUUUUGAGCCAUAAAUUAAACUAAAUUUCCAGGAAACUUGCUAUCUCUGCCGAUGAAAAGGGUCACCAACACGACGGGUUUCAUUUCCGAGGCGAAAGGAUGGAUGGCAGAAAGGUGAUUUUUGGGAAGUCCAUUUAGGGAAAGCUUAUUUUUCGUAAUAUUGACAAAAAAUGUGAAAAAUGAAGAUAUUUGGGUUGCCUUUUUGCCGGUAUAAAAAAAAUGAAAAAUCAGAAAUGGAAAAAAACCUAGGAACGCCAGCGUGGUCCCUAUAGAGACUAGGUAGAAAAAGCACUUAUAGGGGAAAAAUAGUGUUCCCUAGAGGGCAAAACUUUGGGGGACCCUAUAGGGAUGAACUUCAAGCAGUUCAAAGCUUAAGUGGUUCCUAAAGGGGCCAUUUAAUUUUUCCGCUAAAAAUUUGAAAAAAAUAACUUUUACAAGUUUUAUUCCCCUUAGGGAAGGUAAGAUGGUCUCUAGUGAGGCCCCUAAAAGUGCUCCAAAAAUUGCCCCUUUAGGGACCACUUUGGUCACCUAAAAAAAUGCUCUUAAGGUAGUGACGAUCUUUUUUAAUUAUAUGGAAAACUGACAGAACCAAAGAAAGUUUUUUCGAAAAAAGAGGACUUUGGAAAUUAAAAAAAAAAACUAAAUCUCUAAUGAUAAGAAAGUAAUGAAUUGAGUAUAAUUCAAUAAAAAUUUCCUUGAACCCCAAAAUUUCAGAAUCGCCAAUAAUCUGAUCGCUUCGAGACUCCAUGGGGUCAAGGAAGAAUCGGAAAGUGAAGGAGAGGAAGAAAAAGAGGCCGAGUCGGAAAUCAGCCAAGGAAGUCCUUACAAAAUGGCUAAAGUAAACUGAGGCUACAGUAAUCCCUUAUUACUGUAAGAUUUUCAGGCUCACGAGGUUACUGUAAAGGACGGCAUUCCGUCGUCGAGGAGGGACAGUCGGACUAGCAUUGGUAAAAAUUUGACGCUAUUUUUUUUACUGUAAAUGAACUUGGUAUAUUUGGGUCGCAUGUAGAAUGGCUCAGCGCGUUGCGGUCGCGGUGCGGUUCGAGAUAGAGUUUUGUUUUUGAAAUUUUUGGGCGUAAGUCGUUUUGGGGUCGGGUGCACUUUUGAUGCAGUCACGGUUUGAGUUAGAACUUUGAAGUUUUCGUCUUGAGACCUUUAUAAAAUCUGCAUAUGCUCAAUAAGAUCUUUCUUUUCCAUUUUUCUCGACUUGAAGCUGCUGUUUUCCCUGCGCUUUCCUCCUCUCUCCUCCCUUGUUGAAAUGCUAUGUUUAUGAUUCUGAAAUUUCCGGCGUAUGUCGCUUUGUGGUCGGCUGCACCUUCGUGAGGCCGUUUAGCCAUUCCCGACGCGAAAGAAAUAUGUUGAGGCGCGCAAGUCGCUUCAGCGUCGGUUGCACUCUCAAAGCAGCCGCUUUUAGCCAUUCCCCAUGCGGCCAGGGUUUAAAGUAACGAAUCUCAUUUCAGGUUCCAACAGAGCGAAAUUGUCCCGAUCACACCAUUUACGACAAAAUCGACCCCUGCUCAAUACGAUUAGGACUUUGGAGAAGAUCAAACCUUCGCAUAAUGAUUUUAAGUGAGAAAUUUUGAUUUUUUGGGUUCGAAAUGAAAAACAGCACUUUCUAUAUUUUUUUGAGCUCGAAGGCUAAUAAUCUUAAAAAAUGCUAAAGGUUUUCGUUUUUUCAUAAAUGCUUUUAUGAAAUAAUUGUAAUAACGAUCUUUUCAUGGAAUAACUGAUAAUGGAGAUGAUGAACAACAGAAAAAUAAACUCAAAGUUAAUGAACCUUCCUUGAAACGUAUGUCUUCAUAGUUAUAAUCUCAACUUUUGAUUGAAAUGACUAAUGCCGUGUUAAAAGUGAUUCCGAGAUUUCUAACUAGGGAACUACCCGAAUUCGUAUUCAAGGAUCGAGUUCACUUUUUAGUGGUUCAUAGACCCGGGUAAGAGUACUUGAAAACAGGCAAUAUAAUUUGCUAAACCCAAGAUACCGAGAAAACGCUUUUUGAAAGUGGCUUGAUAAUUUUUUUUUUCUUUUGGCUGGAAAAAGUUUUUUUGGACUUUAUCAUAGCCGGAUCAUUCAAGGCGAUUGUAUUAAAAUAUAAAAUAAGACAGAAAUAAGUAUUCUGAAACUUUUCAGGCCUAAUUUUUACUCAGUGCGGGUUUAGCAGAUAUUCUUUCUUGUUUACAAGUAUUCUCACUUAGGUCUAUAAACCACUAAAGUUUGAACUCGAUCCAUGAAUAGUUCGCGUAGUUCCCUAGUAAGUAGCCAUCAGAGGGUGAAAAGACUUGCGAUUUUCUUCUAGAUCUAUCAUUUUCUCGAAAUUUGUGCAAUCGGAGCAGCUGAACCGACUGGUCGACGAGUCCGUCGCAAAUUCGAAAAAGGUUGGAAAGUUCUUUGCUUUUUUUUGUUUUAAUCAAAUGCGUCUUUCAACUUUUCACUAGAUUAUCUCAGUUUCACUUCUCACUUUUCAUUAAACCUCGUCUUUUUCUUAUUACAUUUUCACUCCACAAAAAAAAACGAUAGUUUCCUUUUAAUUAUUAAUUAUGUUUUUUUCUUCUGGAUUUCCAUUUUUGCGACAAAAAUAACGUUUCACCAUCAGAUAACUUUUUUUUUUAUAUAAAAAUUUGGACCAUCGUAACCAGUACAGUCAACUUUUUCAUGUCACCAAAAAAACUUUAAAAAAAUUCUGCGAAUGUUAACGAACUUCUUAUAAAUUGUCUUUUAUAUUUUCUUUUUUUCUUUUUAAAAAGUCGUGAUUCAUGUUUUUCUCUCUAAAUUUGGGUGAUGUGUAGAAUAAACUCUCUAGUUUCUGAUAAUACGACAUUCAUAGAGUUAAAACUUAUUUUUUUAUACCUUUUUUGCUUUUUUUUCUUUGUGUGGGUUUUUAUUAUUUUUUGUUAAGGCGAUGACGACGGUCUCGUGUCAGACGGACGUCUCCUCUUCGGUUGAAGAACGGGAAAAGAAGCCGUUCCGGAGGAUGCGGAGCAUUCGUGAGUCUCAAAAUCCAAUAUUAGGUUUUCGCGCAGAAAUUUAUUUUUUUGAAGAUAUUUUGUACUCAGUUUCGUUUCUAGACUACGAAAAUUCCGUAUUUAUCAGAUGGUAGGGAUUAAAAGUUUGCGAAUUCUCCGAUUUUUAUAAUAUCGUUUCGGAACUUCUCGACGACAAAAAUUCUGAAAAUCGAUUUUUUUUCCCCUAUCAUUGUUUUUCUACCCUAUAUUUUUUUUUCUGCUCGUUUGUGUUUUUUCGGGUUUUUUGGGUAGUAUCAGCACUCUUGAUCCCUAGAGUUGCUCAGAAACGCUCGGGGCCCCGUCCGAAUUCCAUUCCCGGGGCCCGAGUUUUUAUGAGCUUACUAUCUAAUUUAUAUAGGGACUUUGAAAAAAAGAUGGUAUGAAAAAAACACCAGCGAAAAUUCAAAUGGCGACUUUUCCAAUUUUUCCAUAUCGCUAGGGAACUUUCCGACGGCCACCUUUCCGACGAAUCCCUUUCCGAAUUUUUUUUCUCGAUAAAAUAUUCGUUUUAAAUUUCCUAUAUAAAGUAGGUAGUUGGUUCAUGAUUAAAAACACAAAAAAAUAGGAAAAAAAUGUAAAUAGAUGUCUUAUAAACCGAAAAAUAUAAGGGAAAAAAGUCGGAAAAAAUUUCUUCGGAAAGGUGGCCGUCGGAAAGUUCCCUAGCGAAAUGAAAAAAUCGGAAAAGUCGCCGUUUGAAUUUUCGCUGUUGUUUUUUUCAUACCACCGAAAAAAAAGAACUUCUGAAAAAAGGCGAAAAUAUUCGUUGCAAAGUUCUCUAGCGACAUGAUAAAAAUCCGAAAAGUGGCCAUGGAAUCCUUGCUAAUUUUUCAAACUCUCACCAUCCUUUUACAAGUUUUUUUUCUUUACUAUGGCAAAAAAUGUCCUAAGAACUCUUUUUCGAUUUUUCUGACAUUGCUCCGAGUCCGAAUUUCAAUAGAUCCCAAAAACCUCACAAAACAAUAAAAGAGACACAUUUCUGCACGAGACACCUACGCUCCUGAAAAAUCCUCAAAAAUUUAUCAGAAAACUUCAGAUUCGACGUCUUCGUUCUCGACCAACUACACGAACUCGAUGGUGGUAAACGACGACGAGUCUCUGAUGUCGGCCGCCUUCUGCGACAUGAAGUUUGACUUCCACACGGAGACGUCGACGCCCCCUUCCAUCCAUCGACAGCCGUCCUCCCAGAGCGUCUCCAAGCUCGACGACGAAGACGUCGUCCCCAACCUGCCCAAGUUGCUCGGGCCAAGUCCCAAGACCUCGGGACUUCCUCCGAGAAAGGUCCGACUGGGGUUUAAUAGGAGAAAAUAGAGUUAUAGACAGAGAGUUUUAUAAAAAGUGUACCCGUAAAGUUUAAAUUCAUAACAGUUUGAAGUCUUAAUUUACUCGAUUUCAAAAUGCUCGGGCCAAGUCCCAAGCCCUCUGGAUUUCUGAUGUCUUCGAGAACGGUCCAAGGAUGAUUCAUUAGGAAACGAUGAAAUUAUAGAUAGAGUAUUCCGAAAAAAAUGCAUCCAUACAAAUCCAAAUUCAUACAGUUUAUCUCAUUUUUUUUUAAACUUGCUCGGGCCAAGUCCCAAGUCCUCUAGACUCUUCCGAGAAAGGCCCGACUUCAGGUCAUCGAGAUGAGACAAACUUAUUGAUUGAGAAUUUAAAAAAAGAUGUUUGAAUCUUUAAUUUUUUUGCAGCCUUAUUUCUUUAUUUUGUUAAAGUUAAAGUUGCUUUUAAAGUUGCUCGGGCCAAGUCCCAAGUCCUCUGGACCUCUGACGUCCCAAGAACGGUCCGACUCCGGUUUAUUAUAAACAGGAAAAAUCAAUCAAUAAAAAAAUCUAGAAGCGCCAUAAGUUUCGAAAAAAACCAUAAAAACAACCGGUACUUUUUUCAGGAAGCUUUUAUAUGAAAAUUACGUGAAAUCAGGCUUCAGAGAGCCCAAAAAUCUGUCUUAUUGGUUUUAUUCUGGUUAGAAUCAACUGAAAAUUCAAAAAUCAGAAAAACUCCAUAAAGGUUGAAAUAAUUAUUGCUCUUUCAAGCGAUUUUAGGGAACGAAAAAGAAGAUUAUUGAAAAAAAUUUUGGAUUCAAUGGCUUUUCAACGAAUUCAUUAAUUUUGCAUAUGAAAAAAACUAAAUUUUAUCACUGAAAAAUUGAAAAAUCUCAUUCAGUGGCACUUGCCCCAGCCGAAAUACGUCCGACUGACUUCAAGACAAUUUUGUCUCGUAAUUUUUCUUUUCCAAAAUUUUUUAAUGCCUUUAAAAAUCAAGUUUCAAUCACUUUCUGCACAACAAUCCUUCUCAAAAUUGCUCACAAAACCUCGCUUUUUCCACAUUUUUCAUUUUUGAAGUUCACAGCAUUUUUUUAUGGUAUUUUGCUCACAAUUCAGCUUUCUUCAUUUUUUUCAAAUUUUUUUGAACUCAGUAUGUUAAAAUAAACGUUUCAGUUGUCAUCACAACUCCCUGCGGUCCACGAAACGCCAAGGAAAACGCCCCGAAAAUCAAUCACAGCCGUUGACGAAGACUUCGAAGGGAUUUCCCGGUUUUGGUCGGUUUUUAUUCAGUUUUUCGGAAUACCAGAGAAUGUGAGAAAUGAUAAAGAAUUUAUUUUUUUUUUCGAAAAUCGAUAAAAAAUUUUUUUUUUUUCAAAGUUUAUUAGAAGCCUGAAAUUGUCUAUGUUGAACGUUUCAGGCUCACUAUUUAUUUAUUUAUUUAUAAGUUCGUUGGUUAAACAAGUGAACGGACUUUUUUUCGAAAUCUAAAAACUAAUUCUGAGCCUUCAGAAGUCAUUUUGAGGAUUCAUGAUACUGGUGAUUGGAUUUACUGUCCUUUUUGGGGCCAAUGUUGA